UCUAUAUUCUCCUCAUCUCCUUCCAUCAUUCCCCAUAGUUGCAUUCUAAAUAUUUAGGGAAGAAAGUCAAUUCAUUAGGAGCAAAGUAAAGAAAAAUGGCUCAUGUAGUCCACGGAAGGAUGGAGAUUGAUGUUGGAAUCAGAUCUUCAACAGACAAGUUCCACAAACUGUUCAGCUGCAGGCCUCAACACAUCCCGAAAAUGUCCUCUCCGAAGUUAGAAGAUUGCAAGUUGCAUGAAGGCAACUGGGGAAAGGUCGGCUCUGUAAUCUCUUGGCAUUAUGUCGAAGAUGGAGAGAGGAAGGCUGCGAAGGAGAAAAUCGAGGCCAUAGAUGAUGAGAAGAGUUCCACCACCUUCAGAGUGGUCGACGGUGAUCUGAUGAAACUGUAUAAGAAGUUCAUCCUGAUCUUUCAGGCCACUCCGAAGAAGGAGGGGACUGGGAGCGUCGCGCGCUGGACACUGGAGUACGAGAAGCUGAGUGAGGAGGUCCCCGAACCCUAUGCUACACUCGAGUUCUGCGCUCAAGUCACCAAGGACAUUGACUCUCACCUGACAUCUGCAGUUGGGGCCUAAGGAAAUCUACUAGGUAUCUAGUGUUGCAUGUACGUUUCUGCAUGCUUGAUUGCUAUUGUGUGCGGUCUGUGCUAAAUAUGGAAUUUGAGAAUGGGGGUGUAGUACGCCCUUGCCUAGGAAUUAAGCUGUUACAGGUUCAAUCGUCUAGUAUGACCACUUCUCUCUUUAUUUAUUUUCAUUUCCUUAUAUCAGACCCUUGAAUUACCUUUGUAACCUAAAAAAAGAAGAAGAAAGGGUUGAUGGUGUACGUUACCGUGGGUGAAACAUGUACCGGGUUGCACUUUCUUAAGCCAUAUGCGUACCGUUUUCAUUGC